AUUUUGCGUCUCAUCGUUUUCGUAUAAAGUUCUGAAAAAAUUUAAGAACGCUUUCGGAACAUUUUCCCGAUGUCGGAGGCACUAUCAAAACGGUCGCAGGCCCAGCAGCGGAAUUUUUCAGCCAAGGCGCAGUCGCAACUGCAGCUGGCCAAAACGGAUUUGAAGAGAUCCGGCUCGGACUCUUCGAUGGAAAACGUGUGGCGCUCGGCUUUCGCUCAAUGGAACAGCGAACCAGCUUUGGGGAAGAAGGAAUCUCCGAAAUUCAGAGAGUCACAAAAAGCCCCUCUACAUGCUCUUUCUCAAUGGAGCAGCCAGAUGACUACCCGUGCCGAAAAGAAUAAGAAAACCGUGCUAAAAGAGCAGACAACAGUCCAAUUUCCAAAACGGGCCUAUAAGCGACGUAAGUCAAUGUAUACUCGAUCAGACACCUUGCGGAAACUCGACUCGAAAAAAGUUAUCAAACUGCCAGAAGAAGUGCGCAAGGAGCCCAACGAUAAUCUCACACCGGAGCAGAGGCAACUGGCCAACGACGCUGCUUAUUGGGAGGAGGAGCUGUGCGGUUCGGCACAUGUGGAGGGGGGCCAGGGCAUGUUCCUCCGCGUUCUGAACCUGGCCAACACCAAACUGUCGACUGUACAGGGCCGCACAUAACGAAAUCAAAUAAAGCUGGCACUUAUUGAGUGAUCCGUAGAGUCCUAG